CUUUCUGCAAAUGCACAAAGAAUUCUUCCGCAACGGGCAAAAACAAAUCAGAGUGGAUGAUUUAAUAUCGUAAAAUUCAUUAAUGUUCAUGGGUCUGCUCGGCAAUUUCGCCGCCAUACGCCGCGCCUAUCGCUCACUAAAGCAGACACGGAUAGGCAAACAGUCCGAUCUACGAAAUUCCACAGGAGACAAUCAGACAGCUUGAUGUCAAGCGACAGCACCAUAGGCAAUAACAAAGCACAACAAAACCCCUGUUUCUUUCGUCAAAUAAUAGAAACGUGAGCCCCAACAGUAAGAACAGUGAGCGUUAGCAAUCGAUACAUCUAAGGUAUUAUUUUACUUUGAUUGUCGAGAUCGAAGACUGUGCGCUGGUACGUGAAUUCCGUAUCCAUUGAGGAUGUGUGCAGGAAGUAAAACCCCAUAUUAAUAAAAAAUAAAAAUGUAUAAGGAGCACCACGAUCAGCAAAGAUAAGUCGAUCAUAAGUGAGAAACGUUAUUUGCCAUUGUAAGAGCCUGGUGUACACAUCGAGAAUUAUCUUGUUUUGUGCAACAUUUUAUUGUGCUCUUAACAAGAUUAUAUAAAAGAUUCAAGGCGUUCUACUGUGCAUAGCUCUAGUAGCUUUUAACUACUGCGUUCUUCUGAGGCAGCGCCAACUGUGGCGAUCGCAGGGAUCUGUAGUUUCAUAGGUUGUUUGCCCUGGUCUAGGUGGGGGGUUAACGAAAGAGCCGCGAAGCAAGACCCGUUUGGUAAUCCAGUUUCUGUAGGCACCAAAAGAUCACGUAACUUUUUACCUUGUACAUGUUGUGAAGGUAACAUUGUUGACGUUUGGUCGAUAUUAUCAAACUUAACUAUCGAACCAAAGCAACCUGCCAGUUAACGUAUCAGCUGAUCUUAAACAUUUCGAGAGGACUAAAUGCGCCAGUUCCUUUUGGUAAUAUAACAUCAAAUUGAUCCCAGGAACGUUUCUCGGAGUUAGAAAAGUCGGUGGGUUUCUUUAACUGACAAUUCCGUGCUUAAUUUCUGCGCGGUAAUGAGCAAGUCAGGCCCCUCUGCAGCUCCCAAUGGGGGCAUGUCAGCACCGAAUGCAGUUCCGCCUGCAUAUCCUUCCUUGCCGGUCGAACCUCCACCACCAUACACCCCCCAUGCAUCUGCUACACCGAUAUACAAUCCUGGGUACCCUCAACAGCCCCCUCCACAGUUUCCGCAAUUUGGCGGCGCACAUCCAUCACAGCCGACGAUCAAUGUUCACGUGAUUCACUCGCGAAUGGGUCCAUUACCACAACAGGUGACCUGCGGCAAAUGUGGCGCUCAUGUUAUGACAGCGACAUCAGCUCGGCCCGGCCUUCUAACGUACCUAUUUUCCGGAGCACUUAUCGCCUUAGGCUGCGUAUGGGGCUGUUGUUUGAUUCCAUACUGUAUACCGGAAUGUCAGGAUAUUGAACAUCAUUGUCCGUCGUGCCGAGCUCACCUUGGUACGUUUAAACGCUUGUGACAGCUCCUCCAAAUGCCGACUGGAUUCGCCACCUACAGUGUUGCCACAACUAGUACGCGAGUGACUAGAUAUUGAUCGGUGCAUUACUACAGGAUCUUGGAGUUAAUAAUAAGAGUAACAUAACAAACGAGAAUGUAACAUUAAAAGCAGCCUUUCAACACAUGACAACACGACAUGUUGGCAUCGGCAGCGGUGACGAAGACUCGAACAACAACAAUGAAAAACAGCUGAAAGAUAUAUAAAAAUCUUCAAUAUAUUUUUUUGAUAACGGUUCUUCUACUCGUUACAUGAGCGAACUCAAACAAUCAGCGAACCGCAGUCUUUAUAAUGACAGAAAACAAACGAAGCAGUCGCGCUGUUCGUACGAUAAUUAGUGAAUUCUCAUUUUGUUACAGCGGCUAAGGUUAACUGGUCGACGUGACCGUCAGCUGAAAUGGUUUACUAGCAUAUAUAGGGACACAAAAAUAAAUUUUUUUUCAGUAGUCCCCACGGAAGCUUCUCCGGUUUAUCGGGGAUCCGUAAAAACAUGGCACUUUGAGCUUCACUGCAAGAAUCGAUUGCCCUGUUAAAAGGGGAAAUAUACUAUUACAAUGAUUGCUAAUUACCGUAAUAAAUAUAACAAUACAAUGUUUGUUGAGGAAAGCGUAACCAAAUCACGUGUAUUGCAUAUGUACUAUGGGUAUGUAUCAAUAGAAUGUGCAAGUCGAAGAAAAAUAAAGAAAAUUUGUUUGCAAUCAGCUGUCAGAAGAAAACGGUGUCAGCAGAUUAAAGCUAUGCAGGCAAUGCUGCAGGGAGAAAAUAUUAAAAAAAUAAUCCAUCAUAACGUAACUAUAAUUGAGUCGGAAAUCUUGUUACAUAACCAGAUGUAGCAAGAAACGCAGAAUAUAUCAUACGCUUACAAACAACUUCCUUAAUCGAUUAUCGAGGAAAAACGUCGAUAAAGAACACUAUUUUUUAGUCAAAUGGCAUGAAAAUAUAUGGAACUCAUAGAACUUUAAUGGGACCUUAUUUGUAGGACAUGAACGUAUACGUAGAUAUGCUCGACCGAUUUCCUCUAUGAACGACCAAAGGCGUGCACAGUUUUAUAUAUAAAUAGGUCGUGUGCAGUGUAAUGCUUUAGUGGUAAACAGGAAACUUACUGUGGGUGCAGAAAUGAAUGCAAAGCCUAGCAGAUAAGAAGAGAAUGUUCGAAGUGUGACGAUUGCCCUCGGCAAAUGUUGUUGCUUUGGAUAUGCCUUCGUUCAAAACAAGUUCGUAUGUUUUCUCUUUAAUAAGGAGAAUUUGCAGUACUCUUACACCUUGUUAAUUUGAGCAAAUGAUAUACUUGUAUAAAAUAUUGGGCAUCGUGGCAAUCUCUACACAUAAUGAAGUGCUAGAUACAGAAGUCGUACACGAUCGGGCGCCAAUACAAAACGCUAACAGAAAAUUUACAUGACAUGAUGUUGACGUCAUUAUAUCACCAUUUAUAAUAAAUUUUGCUAGACGCAGAGUUGAUGAAAAAUGGUUCAUAGAAAACAGCGUAGCAAAUAUUUUUUCUAAGACUAAAGUGUUUUUUCGAAGCGCUGUCAAGUGACCAUAAAGAGGCCAGCAUAGGUCUCAAGCUGCAAAACAAAAUCUUUUAAUGACAAAGAAAAAUAUAUUUACAGGGCGUUUGCAAAAAAAGUAUAUACGGUAACUUAAUUUGACUAUUUUUUCAAGAUGCCUUAAAGAUAAGGUUCAGAGUGCCGAGACAUUAGGAAAUUAGUUGAUGUUUGUGAAGUUAGGCCUGGAUUAUUAGCACUCUAUUGUACAGAGUAAUUUUGUAUAUGUACACAAGGAGAAAUUAUUUACAUUGUAUGAAAAUAUUUUAUGAUUCAAAUAUUAGUCAUAUGUAAAUAAAAGUUACAAUCAUUCAAACUGUUUAUACAUUUUUGAAACGCCCUGUGUGUGCAUGCAUAUCCUCUCCAUAUAGCUAGAUAAUUAGCUGGGGCGCAGAAAUGCGAAAUUUCUAACAAAUCCAACAAAUCUUAUUAAAUGCAUACUUCACAGUUAUUAAAUGACUGGAGAAAUAAUCGAGCAGUCCAGGCGGAUCGGAGGUCUGCACGUAUUUUCUCAUAGUAGCUACAUUCGUAAAAAUACAAUAGCAAUAGUUCCUGCAAGAAGCUUUACAGCUAACCGUUAUUAGUUAGGAAAUAGAAAGAAUGGUACCGGCA